AUGUUGAUUCCGUUCAUUGGAUAUCAGGGUUACUGCGAAUUUUGCCUAAAAUCUAUUCAUUAUGUGUUUGCAGUUGGCAAUUCUGUUUUGUUGGGAUUGGAAGCGAUCGUACGAUCAGCAGCAGGAGCAGAAGCAUUAACAACGAUGAUGAACGCCGAUCAGAAUUUAUCACUGGUAAUGGCGAUUAAUAAUGAUGAACGGGCAUUAACUGAUGCUCGUGAGCGUUUUGAUGCGACAGAAAACAAUCUUUUUGCUAUCGACUACCCCGUGGCUUUGAAUUCCGACGUGAUUGCGACGCAGGGACAAAAUAUUUGGAGUGUAGGCCAGCAGGAUUGCUUCGGAAAAAUUCUCUUUUCGCGCAAAGUAUUCAUUGGUGGACUUCCACCAUUUAUCAGCAUUAACGUCCUUACGUCAUUCUUUGCGCAGUUUGGAGAGAACAAAAUCGACUGGCCGUAUCGCAGGGGUGACAUGGAUCUCUACCCACCAAACGGUCUGUUUACUGCUGCUUUUUUAUCAGUUCAGAUUAAACCAUGGCUUCUGAGCGACCGAUUUUACAUCAGCAAGGACAUUCUCGCCAUUUCGGAGCGCUAUUCAGUGUUUGUUGGUGGUGUUCCGCGCACAGCCCGAGCACGUUAG